AUGUGGAUGCUUACAAGUUUUGCUACUCGAGGAGUGAGGCGUAGGAAUGGAGUAGGCUUCUUAGUAGAUGAAGAACUUAGAGGGGAAGUAGUGGAGGUUAAGAGGGCCAAUGAUAGGUUAAUGAUGAUUAAGUUGGUCAUUGAGGGGUUUACUAUGAACGUGAGAAGUGUUUAUGCGCCUCAGGUGGGCUUGGAUGGUGAGAAGAAGAAGCGAUUUUGGGAGGCUUCAGAUAAAGUGGUAAAAGACAUACCUAACUCUGAGAAUAUUAUUGCAGCAGGGGAUUUUAUUGGUCAUAUCGGAGUGUUAUCGGGAGGUUAUGGCGAUGUGCAUAGGGGUUAUGGUUUUGGGGAGAGAAAUGAAGAGGGAGUUGCUCUGUUGGACUUUGCGAGGGCCUUUAGGGUAGUAGUAGUGAAUUUGAGCUUUUUGAAAAGGAGAAUUACCUGGUCACCUUCCGAAAUGCAAUAG